AUGAGCAUAAGUGAUGAGGGCAUGGUGACCUUAGAGGCUAGAUGUAGUGCCAUUAUCGAAAAAACCUUGCUUUCCAAGUUGGGAGAUCCCAGGAGUUUCACAAUUCCUAUCACUAUCAAGAACUUGUCAAUUGGGAGUGCAUUCCUAGAUUUGGGAGCUAGCAUCAACUUAAUGACCUUAUCUAUGAUGGAAAGAAUUGGUAACAUGGAAGUGAAAGAGACUCGCAUGACUAUUCAACCGACGGAUCAUUCCAUCAAAAUCCCUCAUGGAGUGGUGGAGAACAUGUUGGUUGAUGUAGGAAAAUUCACACUAUCGACUGACUUUGUCAUUAUGGAUAUAGAGGAAGACUCAAACAUUCCGUUGAUCUUAGGAAAACCAUUCCUAAACACGAUCAAUGUUGUUAUUAGUGUUGCAAAAGGAAAAUUCACAAUCUGA